AUGGCUAUCAAAAAAUCAACAACCUCUACAACAUCUUCUGGUGCUUCCUUGCCAGAGGAUGAAGCCUUGGUACAUAGAUUAUUACAAGAAUCUUUGUCAAAUGUAGCCACAACAAGUAAUGUUCAUAAUUUACAAAAGGAUGAUCAUACUACCGAUAGUGAAGAAAAUAACAAGUUAUGUUUGGAAGCUUUACAAGGACUUCUCUCAUCAUCUUCAUCAGCAUUGAAUACAAACCAAAUUGUAGAACAAUAUACAAAGGUUUACGAGCGUAUUCACAGUCCAGCUAUCCUUUCCAACAAGGUUCAAAUUAAAAAUUUAACUGAAUCAAUUUCAAAGGAAUCUAUUGAAAAGUGUUUUAAAUAUUUAGAAUCACAAAAAUCACGCUUGACUUCAGAAAAGGUUAAUGUUAUGGCUCUUCGUUUCCAUGAAAUUUUAAUCCAUUUAACUUUCUUAGGAAAAUCUAUUGAUAUUAUUGGUGCAGGUGUUGUUGAAAGUUGGAUUCAACCAUUGUUAAAACUCUAUAUUGAUUCAAAUGAACCAUCAAAGGAAUUGUUAACCUACACUACACAAUCUGUUAGAUUCUUCUUCAAGAUUGUUUCUUCAUUCAGAGAAAUGGUUAACUAUGUUGCUAGAUCUACAUAUAUUUUUAAUAUUAAUAUGGCUAGAAAAAAUAGAUUAGAAAAGGAAAACAAAUCUAAUCAAAAGACACCACGUUUGAAGGAAGAUCCAAACAAGACAAUUGAUCCUGAAGAAGCUAUGCUUCAAGAAAUGGAUAAGGCUGAUGAAGAAAAGCUUAAAGAACCAAUGAUGGAUAAUGAAAGAGAAGUUGAUGAAUAUUUUGAUGAGGAUGAAAAUGAACGUUUACUUGAAUUUAAAAAGAGAAUUAUUAAUAAGAAUAUUUUAGGAGUUUUGAUUGAAGCUGGAGAACAAAAUAUUAAGAAUUUGUCCAAAUUGGAGGGUGAUGAUUCUAGUGAUAUUGCUGUUUGUUAUCACUAUAACUCGAAAUUGAUUAUUCAAACUCUUGUUGAACUUUUGGAUGUUUCUGUUUCUCAACCAAGAUUUGAAGAAAUUUCUAAUAUGGUUGCUGAAUUGUCCAAAAACUUCUUGAUCAGUUUUAUUGAUUACUAUUUUGAUAAGGAUAGAUUAAUGCUUGAAAAGGUUCUUUUACUCAUUUCAUGUUUUGUCAGCAAUGAAAAACUUAUUCCACUUGUCAAUAGCUCAGGUUUGAUUGGAAAGGUUGUUGAUUUAUUGAAGAAAUAUGUUGUCAAAGGAGAAGAGGGAUCAAAAUUCAGUGCCUACAUUUGCUCAUUAUGUUGUUAUAUUAUUGGUAGAUCAUGUAUUAAGAAUAAUUCUGUUGCAACUUCAAUUCUCAAAGAAUAUGGUACUCCAAAUAAUUAUUCUUUGAUGACUACCAUUUUCAACAGUUUGAUUAAGAAUAAUAGAGCUUCUACAUUGAGUCAUAUGACAUAUGCUGCCUUCCUUGCAUUCCAAGGUCUUUUAUCAGCUGAAGGAUCAACACAAGCAAUUCUCGACUUGAAUAACGAAAUUGAUUUUGUCGAUCUUUUGAUUAAGGAUAUUAAGUAUACUAGAGAAAAAAUUGAUGUCUAUCUUCGUGAUAUCAGAUUCCAUUCAAUGGUUUUGUUAAAGGUUAUUUGCAAUAGUUUAAAUGCUAGUUAUGCCAAUGCUUCUGAAUCCAUGAAGCAGGAGAUUGCUGCUCUCUUAGAAAAGAUUAUUGAUUCAGGUGUUAUUCAAUCAAUUUAUGAAGUUAUUCAAAAGAGUGCUGAAAAGAAAGAUAAGAAGAAACAAGACAAGCAAUCACAAUCACACGAUUUAAAGGAAUUCUGCUUCAAUAGAUAUACCAGAUUUGGAUGCAUUUCUAGUUUGAAUACUGUCUUCCAAACCUCAGGAAAAUGUAAUGAUACAACUGUGCGAACAAAAUUAAUUAAUCUCAUCACAUCAGAACAACAAAUUGGUGAACUAUUCCAAUUCCUCAAUUAUGUAGAAUCAAAGAAAGUUCAAAAGACAAUGAGUCCAAAGAGUAUCAUGAUCAUUAUUAUCAUUUUUGCUGUCUUUUUGAUUUCUUUACCAGUUAUUUUCAACUUUAUUAGAAAGUAA